GCAUAGUUUGGAAAAAGCCCGGACAGUGCCCAACGCCCAACCAGCUUGAACGGCUACCUUCGAGCUUGGCGAGUAGCAAACCACCAACCGACCGAUUCCACACACGUCAUCCCAUCCAAUCCAUUUCCGCGAUGCCCCUAGAUACAUCAACCUACAACCUCGCGCUGCUCCGCGUGGACGGGCGGCGGUGGAAUGAGCUGCGGCGCGUGCACGCCCAGAUCCGAACCCAAGCGGCGGCCGACGGCUCCAGCUACCUUGAAAUGGGCCACACCAAAGUCAUGUGCGUAGUGACGGGGCCUAGCGAGCCCGGCGGUGCGGGAGGACAGGCAAAGGAGGCCGAGGUAGUAGUGAGCAUCGUGAUCGCAGGCUUCAGCUCCGUGGACCGAAAGCGGCGGGGGAGGGGGGACAAGCGCACCCUCGAGAUGCAAUCGACCGUAGCCAACGCGCUCGCAGCGAGCCUGCACACACACCUGUUCCCGCACAGCCAGAUCAACAUUUCGCUGCACGUGCUGUCGCAGGACGGCUCGCUGCUUGCGGCGCUCAUUAAUGCCGCGACAUUGGCAUGUGUUGACGCCGGCAUACCCAUGACCGACUACGUCGCCGCGUGCACGGCCGGAUCGACCUCGACCUACGCCGCCAACGACGAGGGCGCGGACCCGCUGCUCGACCUGAACCACCAGGAGGAGCAGGAACUGCCGGGCCUGACGGUUGCUACGCUGGGAGAGAGCGAUCGCGUGGCUGUGCUGGUGUGCGAAAGCAGAGUGCAAGUCAGCCGGCUGGAGGGCAUGCUGGCGGUCGGCGUGGACGGUUGUAAGCAAGUGAGGGCCAUCUUGGACCGGGUCGUCCGGGAGAAGGGGCGUCAGAUGAUACGGGAGGGUACAGUGGCGAAGGGAGUAGGGCUGAAUGACAUGGACAUGGACUAA